AUGGGAGAAGAAGAAGCCAUAGUGCUUUACCCAUCGCCGGCGAUAGGCCACCUGAUAUCCAUGAUAGAGCUGGGCCGCCUCAUCUUGACCCACCGUCCUUCCUUCUCCAUCCACAUCGUCCUCCCUCCGGCACCCUACCAAGCCGACGCCACCUUGCCCUACAUCGCCGCCGUCUCCGCCUCCACUCCCUCCAUCACCUUCCACCGCCUCCCACCUCCUCCGGCCACCACGGUCUUUCCCGAGUCACCUCACCACGAGAUCCUCGUGCUCGAGACCCUCCGCCUCAGCCUCCCCCACCUCCACCGCACCCUCGAACAAAUAAUCUCCCAAUCCGCCGUCGUACACGCUCUAAUCCUCGACUUUUUCAGCACUGCCGCACUCUCCGUCGCUGCCGAACUCAACAUCCCCGGGUACCACUUCUCCACCUCCGGCGCCGCCUGCCUCGGGUUCAGCCUCUACCUCCCAACCCUCCACAAAACUCAACCCAAAAGCUUCGGAGAACUCGGCCGUACGGUCCUCGAGAUUCCCGGAGCUCCGAAGCUGCCGGCGUCUGAGGUCCCGAAGAUUCUCCUCGACCGGGACGACGAAGUUUACCGGUACUUCCUUGAGUUCACCGCGCGCUUGCCGGAAUCUGCCGGACUGAUAGUCAACACGUUCGACGAGCUGGAGGGUGAGGCGGUGAAAGCGAUUUCCGCCGGGCUGUGCCUUCCCGACGGCCGCCCCACUCCGCCGCUGUACUGCAUCGGACCGCUGAUCGGCGACGGCGGGGGGAGGAAGGAAGCUGGUGGGUCCGGCGUCGAUUGUCUUGCCUGGCUCGAUUCCCAGCCGAAACGGAGCGUCGUUUUCCUGUGCUUCGGUAGUCUGGGGAUAUUUUCCCGGGAGCAACUGAGAGAGAUUGCUAUUGGCCUGGAGAAAAGUGGGCAGCGUUUUCUAUGGGUCAUGCGGGAUCCACCGUCGGGCGGGGACAAGCGAAACGUUGUCGUUUCGGUGAAGGAUCCGGACUUGUCGCUGGAGGGCCUGCUUCUGGAAGGGUUUCUGGAGCGGACGAAAGGGAGGGGACACGUGGUGAAGUCGUGGGCCCCGCAAGUAGAUGUUCUGGGUCACGAGUCGAUAGGCGGAUUCGUGACCCACUGCGGAUGGAACUCAGUGCUGGAAGCGGUUCGAGCCGGGGUGCCGAUGGUGGCGUGGCCGCUCUACGCAGAGCAGAAGUUCAAUCGAGUGCUACUUGUGGAGGAGAUUCGGAUUGCGUUGCCAAUGGUGGAGCGCGAUGAGAGCGGGUUUGUGGAUGCAGCAGAGGUGGAGCGGCGGGUCAAGGAGUUGAUGGAAGUGGAUGGUCCAGGGGACCUGGUGAGGCGGAGGAUGGGCGAAAUGAAGAAUGCAUCGGAGGAUGCACUAAGAAACCAUGGUACUUCUCGUGUCGAGUUGUUGCGACUCCUUGACUCAUGGAGGAGAUAA